AUGUGGCUGGAGGUGGGGGGCCUCCUGCGGGGGACCUGUGGACAGCUGGGUCGGACUGUUGGUCUGCCUUAUGGGGCCCCGAGGCCUGGGCCCCACUGGUGAGGGCCAUGUGGGGGUUCUUGGGCCCAAAAGCUUCAUCAGGAUGGGCCUGGCAGAGGUGUGGGUGAGGAAGACAUCCGCCGGGCACAGGAGGCCCGGAUCAGGAAGACACCCCGGCCCCAGCCGAGUGACCGCUCUCAAGAACGCAAGGUGCCCACCUCCCGCAUCAGCCGCUUGGCCAACUUUGGGGGACUGGCUGUGGGCUUGGGACUGGGAGCGCUGGCUGAGGUGGCUAAGAAGUCCCUGCCAGGAGAACAUCGACAAUCAGAAGGCAGCUCCCGGCCAGGCUCCAGCCCUUUGCUGUCGGAGGCCAACGCCGAGCGGAUUGUGCAGACCUUGUGUACAGUUCGAGGGGCCGCCCUCAAGGUUGGCCAAAUGCUCAGCAUCCAGGACAACAGCUUCAUCAGCCCCCAGCUGCAGCGCAUCUUCGAGCGGGUCUGCCAGAGCGCCGACUUCAUGCCCCGCUGGCAGAUGCUGAGAGUUCUCGAGGAGGAGCUCAGCAUGGACUGGCAGACCAAGGUGGCCUUUUUGGAGGAGGUGCCCUUUGCUGCUGCGUCAAUUGGGCAGGUGCACCAGGGCCUGCUGAGGGACGGGACAGAGGUUGCCAUGAAGAUCCAGUACCCAGGCGUUGCCCAGAGCAUUCAGAGCGACGUGCAGAACCUGCUGGCGGUGAUCAAGAUGAGCGUGGCCCUGCAGACCUUGCAGCAGGAGCUGGCUUGGGAGUGUGACUACCGUCGGGAAGCGGCUUGUGCCCAGAACUUCAGGCAGCUGUUGGCAGAUGACCCCUUCUUCCGGGUGCCAGCUGUGCACGACGCGGGUGCUGGGCAUGGAGCUGGCCGGAGGGGUGCCCCUGGACCAGUGCCAGGGCCUGAGCCAGGACAUCCGGAACCAGAUUUGCUUCCAGCUCCUGAGGCUGUGUCUAUGGGAGCUGUUUGAGUUCUGAUUCAUGCAGACGGACCCCAACUGGGCCAACUUCC